AUGGCUUCAGACGAUGGAAUUGGUCCUCGCAAGAGGCGCAAGGUCAGUCCGCCAGGGACUGUACCUUAUUUGUUACAUUCCCUGUUCGAGGACGUGCCGUUAGCGACCGAGCAUAGCUCCGACGUCUACAUCACCUGUGUUGAAUACUGGAAUGAAAAUCUAUAUAUUGGUACCUCUGCAGCCGAGAUUUUGCAUUUCGUAUGCCUCCCGCCAGCAUCCCCGGACGAAGCCGCCGAGCCUACCUUCAUAUUGGCAUCCCGAUUACCGAUCCUGUUCGCCCAGAGUCCCCCACCGGGCAGUGAUCAAGAAGGUGUUCGACAAAUAGUUGUCUUAUCCUCAGUGAACAAGGCAUGUGUCCUCUGCAAUGGCACUGUUACAUUCUACAUGCUGCCGGAGCUCAGUCCGGCUUUUGGAGCCACAAAGGUCAAUAACUGCCGCUGGAUCGGUGGGUUGGACCUCAACUGGGAUGCAGAGGAAGGCGAGGACCCGACUGUCAUGAUUGCUGUGCAGAACAGGAUCAUGCUGGUCCAGAUUGGGGAUGAGGCGCGACGGAUCAAGAAGAUCGAGUUUCCUGGUUGCUUAACUGCAGCGCGACGAGGAACGAUCGCGUGUGCUGCGGAUUCUCAUUCGUACUCAUUACUUGAAGUGGCACACCAGCAAAAGAUUCCGCUUUUCCCAAUAUCCUCUUCGAAUGAGGUCUUUGAGUCCGGGCAUGUGGAAGAUAUGAACCCAGCACCGCAAACUCCGCUCAAACGCUCACCCUCUUCCUCUCUACCCUACCUCCCCACCGACUUGAAGCCCUUACCACCUUUACCUCCGCCAACAAAGCAAGGCUCGAAGCGUCUUCAGCCCCAUGUGGUGUCCCCAACACCUUCUGAAUUUUUACUUGUGACCGGAACCGAGGAAACAGAACCGGGCGUUGGGAUGUUUGUCGACAUGGACGGCGAGGUCGUUCGGGGAACAAUCAACUUCCACAGAUUCCCAAAGUCGGUUGUGGUUGAUACAAAUGAGGAUGAUGAAAUGCUCCAGACUAGUGGGGGCGCCAAAGAGGAGUUUGUUCUCGCUGUAAUCGAAGACGAAGACGCUGGGAAGGUUCGAACCAGACUCGAAAUCCAACGCUGGGACGAUGACCCAGGCGAGACUGAGCGAACCAAGAGCUGGAUAGAGAUACCAUCUCCUGGAGAGCCACGACCUACUCAAGUUGGCCUCCGACAUACCCUCAGCGCUAGCCAUCUUGAGCUCAAUAAAAUCGGGCAGCUCUUGCGGAUGGUCCGCUUUAAAAGCCUCACGCUGCCCGCGCAUGUGUCAAUAGCAGAUUCAAGAACCCAGGCAUCUAUCGAACACUCGCAAAAGGAGAAAGAACUGUUCGAUUCGCAGGAACUGACCGACUCCGAGGGAUCGAAGAAGAGUGAUGGUUCAGCAAACCAGGGCUGGGAGGCUCAACGGAAUAAAGAAGAAGCAAAAUUUGCACAUGGAUUGGGCAAGGUCCAAAGCAACCUUGUCGUGUGGUCAGGAUCUCACAUAUGGCGCGUACUGCAGAAUCCAUUGAUAGUCCAGCUGGAUGACACCUUGCAGAAGGCCCAGGAGACCGAAGAGAGCGAGAACAUUGUGUUGCGGAGGGAUGCCGUUCUGGACUUGUUGCUCUCCGUACAGGACACCGAGCCAAAGACCGAGGCCGAAUUCAUCGGAUUGAGCUACGUGAAGCAAAAGGCCAGCCUCAUGCUUUAUGGAGAUCUUCUCUCCAUGCAGCCAGAUGACCGCAAUGCCACGGCAAUCGAUGGCACCGAGAAAGCGCUACUGGCAGGUAACCUCGACCCGCGUUUGGCAUUGCUAUUCAUUCCUCUUUUGCGAUGUGAGGUUUUGCAGGGGCCUCAGGGUAUAUGGACACAUGCUGGGUUGGCAAGCAUGGCGGAAAAAUACAUUGAACAGGUCGGAAAGAUAGGUGUCGAAUCCUCGGGAUUGGAUGCUGCUCGCAGUCCUGUUCUCAACAUGGUAAAAAGGUUCCUUCUCUCCUGGCAGCAGAAGCGGGGAUAUGGUAGUAUCACCGAUGAGACAUAUGUUUUGGAUAGCACAGAUGCCGCGCUUUUGCACCUGACCUUGGAACAAGAUGCCUAUCUGACGCAGGAUCAGCGGGCAGCGUCGCCAAUUCGCCCUGAGUUGAAUAGGCUGGUUGAUAAUUGGAAAGGCAAUUUCGACCGAGCAGUGAUGCUCCUGGAAACAUACAAGCGGCUCUAUGUACUAAGCCGUUUGUAUCAAAGCCAAAAGAUGUCUCGAAAUGUCCUCAAGACCUGGCGACGAAUCGUCGACGGGGAGACUGACGCUGGCGGAGAGGUCUCCGCGAAUGGCGUGGAGACGCAGAUGCGCAGGUACUUGGUCAAGAUCAAGGAUGUGCAGCUGGUUGAAGAGUAUGGCUCUUGGCUGGCUGGGCGAAACCCCAAUCUGGGCAUCCAGGUAUUCGCAGACAAUGCCAGCCGUGUUCGACUGGAACCGGCGGAUGUUGUUGCUUUGCUGAAGGAGCGAGCUCCGAACGCGGUCCAGGUCUACCUAGAGCACCUGGUAUUUGCUAAGAAUUACACGCAAUAUGCCGACGACCUGAUCUCGUACUACUUAGACACGGUACUUUCCGUGCUCGAGUCAUCCCCCGAAGCACGAGCUUCUUUGGCCGACUCCUACUCAACCUAUCGAGCCCUGCGUGCCCCUAAAGCGACAUACCUGAACUUCAUAAUCGAGAACACUCCCGUAGAGCCCUGGUGGCAAUCCCGACUCCGAUUACUUCAGCUGCUGGGUGGAAUAUCCAGCUCCCAAUUCACCUCGCAACCCCUCCCAACAGGAAUCAGUUACUCAAUCCCCAACGUCCUCACUCGCAUCGAGCCAUUCCAGAACGAACUAGUCUCAGAAUGCAUUAUCCUCGAUGGCCUACAGGGCCACCACGGCCCGGCCCUCCGUCUCCUCACACACGGGCUAGGCGACUACGACUCCGCAAUCCGGUACUGUCUCUUCGGCGGUCCGCGUAGCUCUUCUUCCUCUUCAACAGGCACCCCACCAGAACUAGCGGACUACAACCUACAGUCACAACUCUUCCGCCACCUGCUCGACGAGUUCUUGCACAUCGAGGACCUGUCAGACCGCAUCGAGCGUACAAGCGAUCUCCUCGCGCGAUUCGCAGCAUGGUUCGAUGUCCGUGAGGUCCUAGAUCUUGUUCCGGAGGACUGGAGCGUUGACAUCCUUGGCGGCUUCUUCGUGCACGUUUUCCGCACACUUGUGUCGCAGACUCGCGAGACCCGCAUCGAGCGUGCCCUUAGCGCGGGUCUCAAUCUGCGCAUUGGUGCCGAGUAUAUCGAUGGCAUGGAGAAGGUUGGUCCCUGGGUUGAGGAGGCAGAGGGUGUAAGAAGGCUGAAGGAUGCACAGCCACGGCAGGUUUCCUUGGCAACUAAUGACCCUGGCGAUGGUGCUUCUGAUGACUCCGCCGAGUUUGGAGAUACAGUGGGGCCAACAUCUGGGGAAGUGGGCCAGUAG